AUGGCGAAACGAAAAUGCUUUUCUCUGGCCGAAAAGGCUGAAAUCGUCGAAAAAGCUAAAGAAUUUCGUGGCACUAAAGUUGAUCCUGCUAAAUCUUUGGGUAUUGCUUAUUCAACUUUGCAAAUGAUUUUAAAGCAAGAAUCUUCAGUAGAACUAAACGCUGAAAAACUCGGAAAAAUUGCCAAGAAGAGAAAAACCUUAAAAACAUCUCCGUAUGAUGAGUUAGAAAUUUUUUUAAUGAACUGGUUCAAGGAAGACAGAGCAGCAAAGAUUCCUAUAAAUGGAUCCAUCCUGAGAGAAAAGGCGCUUGAAAUUGCUGAACGGCUUAAACUCCAAGGCUUCAGUGCAUCAAAUGGCUGGAUCGAUCGAUUAAAAAAACGGAACAAUUUAUGCUUCAAAUCUAUCUGUUGCGAAUCCGAUAGUGACAACUGUGCAACAGUGGAAAGAAGAAACUCUGCCAAAUUUAUUAAAGGGCUAUAA